AUGAAUGAAUAAAAAUUAAGGGAGAUGAUGAAGAUUUACACUGUUUCAAAAUAGGUUAACAUAAAGGCUGAAAAGAAUUUUAUCAAAUUUUCUAGUUAAUAUUAUAAAUUGCAUAAGAAUGACAUGACCCCAGAUUUAUUGAGCGAGGUCAAUUCUCUAAGAACAAAAAUCAAGUCUGAUAGAGUGGCAUUUUCUAGUUAAAACUCUCCUCAAGUUAGUCCUCGUCUCACUAGCAAUCCUUUGUUUAAUUGUAAAAAAGGGACCCUAAAUAUUAUUAUAGUCAAGGAGGAGAAGCCAACUCUGAAUUCCAUUUACUCAGACGACAAACAUUAGGACAUAUACAAUCUCUACGUUGAUGAGAUAAACGAUCUCAAAUAAUGUUAGUGUGUAAUUUAUAUCUAGAACUCCAUAAAGCCAAUUGCAUAAUAAAAUAAUAAAAAAGUGAUCACGAUAAAAAGAUCUUAGGUAACCUUUUUGCUUAAAAUAAGAAUUGAAUCUCAAGUUAGAUUAAGAAAGAGCAAGAGUUAAUGAUCUCACUGAACAAGUAAUGGACUAAAAUAUAGUAGAUUUUGGAGAUGAAGUCUAAUUAAUUAUAAAAGUCAAGUGUGUCUAUGCUCAAUUGCAGUUUGGAGUAAAGGAAACAGACCUCGAAUUCGGAGUUGAAUAAGGAAUAGAGUAGAGAAUUGUUUAAAUCUGAAAUUUGUAGGGCCUUAGAAAAGUACAAUAAGAGCAAGUAAGAUUAGAGUAAUAAGUGA